UGGAGGUACUUGCAAAAUUAUCUCAUAACUAUUUAAACAUUUUUUUUUUGUGGAUUUUAAAUUUUAAUCACUGAAAGAUAUGUUUCGAUACUUUUUUUAAAAAGAAAUAAUAAACAGUAAAUAAAAAUAUUCUGGUUAAAAAGAAUUUAUUUGAAAGAAAAAAAACCAAACGAAACAGGGAAAUUUAGUUUGAAAACAGUUAAAGUUAUGCUUAAGUUCGGCACAAUGGGGCCAGCUGUAGCCUUCCCUUUCGUACUACUGUUGGUGUAUUUGUGCAGCAAUUCAUAUUGUGCGACAUACGACGAUUCUGUGAACUUGAUGGAUAAAGUGCUAGAUGGGUACGUUUCCCGGCAGCGCCCUGUUUUAGAUCAAUCACAUGGCAUCGUCGUUUCGCUGGGGUUUUACUUGCUAACGAUUCAAGACUUCGACGAGGUGGCGGAAAAGUUUUCUGCAUACGGUCUUCUGUAUAUUACAUGGAGUGAUCAAGUGAUCACAUGGGAUCCCAAAGAUUAUGGAGGGGCAUAUUCGGCGCUAUUCAAAUUAUCAGAUGUAUGGUAUCCGAAACUUGUGCUUACAAAUCCGUAUUCAAAACUGUCAGAUCUCGGAGAUGAUUGGAUGAUUGUUCGCAUAUAUAAUUCCGGAUACACAUCAUUUGUGCCCGGUGCAGUGUUUGAUACCUCAUGCAGUGCUGACGUCACAUACUAUCCAUUUGAUACACAGACGUGUGCGUUGGAUUUCAACGUAUGGGGAUAUGUUGGAACAGAAGUGUACUUGAUUCCUUUUUUGGACGAAGUGGACACAACCUCCUUUACUGAGAAUGGGGAGUGGGCCUUGGACUCAACCAGUGUAACCAGAAUUCCUGGAGGUCUUUCCACGUCGGACACGAUUCGUUUUAGUUUUUCAAUUAAACGCAAAUCCACGUUUCUUAUAAUAAACGUGAUUCUCCCAAUCGUAUUCAUGGCCGUAAUAAAUAUGCUAGUAUUUUUGUUACCCGCUGAAUCGGGAGAGAGACUUUCUUAUUCCGUCACCGUUCUGCUUGCUCUUGCGGUCUUUAUGACGCUUGUUGGAGACAAUUUACCGAAAACGUCAGAACCAAUGCCAGUACUUAGCUACUAUCUGAUGAUUCUAUUAAUUUUAAGCACGCUUAUGACGGUGACAACAAUAUUCAAUUUGAAUAUAUACUUCAAGAAAGGCCAGGUACCAGCUUGUUGGAGACGGUUAUACAGAAUCAUAUUCUGUUUUCCAUGCAGAUUCAGGAAGAAGAAAAUUCACAAAAACAACAAAGUAUAUCCGAACGACUGUAUCAAUGACAGUAAAACCCCAAUUGAAACUGUAGAUAUCUCGGAUAGAGAGGAACCUGAACCGGAAAUCACAUGGCAAGACCUUAGUGUCGCCGUUGAUUGGAUUGCUUUGGCAGUUUUCUUUGUUGGAACAAUAAUUGUCAACGCCGUAUUCCUUGUGAUUCUAGCGAAAAAUAAAGAUGUCGCUUUUAACUAGUUGGGUAAUAGCAUGGUCAAAAUAAAUGAGAUCUUACGGCUGUAACUGAAACUCGAAGAGAAGCCAAUAUAACAAUCAAUGAAUCUUAAAACUUGUCGUCUCCAUUUGUGAAAUACCAUCCACAGUAAUUAAAGACGCGAAACAUACCACGACAUCUGCGUAAGAAAUAACAACGAUGUUUUUUAUGUAAUGAAAUCCUUUAAUUAUCAUAGUUGAUAAGAUCAUGCUACGAAACAUUUGCACUUUGCACGGCUCCAAGCCAUAUAUUGUUUUGGGUUAUUUUGCAUGUUUUAUGUUUGGCUAUUAUCAUAUUCGCCAGGAGAAAAAAAUAUUGACUGAAGCGAUGAAGAAAUGUAAACUGCCAAAUGGUUAUCGCCGCAAUUUUCUGUGCAUAAGUUGUAUGUCAGUCAGACACGUAGAUUUUCAAUAGUAUUAUUUCGUUAACAAAAUGCUUCAUUAAUAAAUUUUGCAAGAUUAUACAAACAUCUUUUACUAGAAGAUGACAUCAAUGCAUCAAACUUUUUCACAGUAGGCCAUGAGCAUCGGCCCAAGUAUUUGGAUCUGAUACAACUAUAACGUAAACAAUGUAAUAUGAAAUGAUAUUCUGACUCAAUGGCAUUUUGAUCAAUCUGUUAUCCCUUUCUACGUUAGCAUAUCUUCUUAAUUCUAUUUCUAAACUUUGUGGACAUAAUCGUAAACUAGUUAGUUGUUUUCUUGGAUUGUCAUUUGAUACCACAUCUAAAUACUUUUCAAAACAAAAUUCAUUUUUAUAUCUACAAUAAUUAUCUAAAUUUGAAAUGGUAUUACUAUUAACAGUUCACUCUCGGACAUAUUGAUCCCCUAUUCUUGUUUUUAAUACAUUUUAAUAAUUCAAACUAGUAUCAAAGAACAAUAUGAUAUCCGAAUAUCCGAGGUGGUCUAUGAUAGAAUUUAUUCUGCUAACCCAUCAAUCAAUGGAAAGUUAACAUUAUUAGAUUCUGUAAAUAGGUAAUUUUUUUUUUAUUAGUUUUAAUCAGAACUUAACAGGUCUUUUUAUUACUAAUAGUUGACAAAUGCACGCGUUCAAGUUCGCUAUAUACAGUAUAGGUAGGAGUUUGCCUUUUGACACCUAGUAUGCACUUACUUAAACGAAUGUGUGGUUUAUCUACAUCUUUGUAAUUAUAAACACUCAAUAGUUCGCAUUCAUAUGUUAAGGUAGGAACAAAUGAUAGCUUGGUUCUAAUAUCAAUACUGACAUCAAAAGCAUUAUGGGUUUUAUAUGCUCCAAGGGUUUGCCAUACUACCAGUGCAAGUGAAUUUAAUUCCAACAUAUACAAAAUUAUAUACAAUUUCAAUUUUUUCAAUGUCUAUAUGAAAGUCAGGAUAAACAUUUUGCUUCUUUUUUUCAAACACACAUAUUUUCGUUUUACUAACAUUGAUUUUAAGAAUAAUGAUGUAUAGUAUCUAUUUGUGACUGCAGACUAUAAAAGUUUUAUAUCGGAUAGAAAUUCAACGAUUUCGACAAACGUAUUACCGUUAAGUUUGACAACGGCCAAUGACAUUUAAUUUUGAAUUCUCGUCUAAAUACACAAUUAUUUUUGUAUAUAUAUUUGGUCAGGUUUUAUACAUUUGAUGAAGAUUUUCUGCAUUUGAUGUCAAUAUCUAAUCAUAAUAUAUUUUAGUGAGCACAUAUUAUAUUUUAGAUACUUAUACAAGUAAAUAUUCGAAGUAGGUGUGCUUUUAUGUAAAUAUAACAAAAUAUAACAAAGCUACUUUUUAGAUAUAAAUAUUUAUACAAUGUGUUACACCGAAUAAUGGUACCUCUAUUUCUAAUUUAUACCCCGUUUCAGUAAAUAUUUUCAAAGAAGACAACAAAGGACGCAGUUUAACAUAGCGUAGUAUAAUCCAAUACAAAACUUAGACGAGGUUGGUUGGUUAAUAUGAAUUUUAUCAAAGAGAACUCGAAUUGUAUAAUUCAAUUUCAAGCACAAAUAUCAUCACAGAGUUAGAUUUUACUAAAAUUGAACCAGAAAAAAUUAAAUAUUACGUAUUCACUGACACUGUUGAAAAGGUAAUAUGGUGUUAAUUAGUUUAGUAAAUUAAAUUAUGAACUACAAUGACUGUCUCCGACACGUAAGUAAAGACACAUCAUACUACUGGCUUCUUUUGUCACCCAACAACCAUUUUUGUAAAAAAUAUUUUAUUAACAGUCUGAAAUGAACAAAUUCAUUCUACUAAAGAAAGACAGUGUACUGUUCAUUAAAAUCAGGUUAAAGGGUAAAAUAUAUAUAUAAAAAACUUACCAAUAUAAGUAAAAAUGACAAUCAUACUGUAUCAAAGCACGGUCUUCUCUAUAUAUUGUUUAUAAAAUGAUCAAAGUGAAGUUGUAUCUUCUUGGCAUGACAUGGGACUAGGCAAUAUGAAGAUCUCAUCUGAAAUAGAAUGGUAUGUAAU